UACUCCCAAGACAAUUCAGGGCGAGUGGAAAUUUCUUUACGGGAGGACGGUAAAGUGCUUAGCACCAGAAGCAGGCAUCGCUGCAACCGCUUAAUGAGCACCACAUAUUUACACUUAUGUUGGGUCUUCGCGGUAUCAAAUAUUAACUCUUCGUCUUCCCAGCCGUUUUGAAGAAUACUUUUGGGUGGGACUAUAUCGUCUUCUGCUCCGUUCGUUGAUUGUCAUCAAAUUCGCCCGCGGUUUCCGUGGAAGGGUCGAGGGCGUCCACUUUGUGGAUCUGAACCGGUGCCAGGCUGUGCGAGUCACGGAGCUGCCCUGAGACACGGGCGAUCAUGGAGGGAGACGUUAUGGACAAACUGGAAGACAUGUCUUCAGUCUACGAGUUCGAUCCCUUCACUGGCAAUAUUCCGGCCACCAAAGUGGAAAUCACCGUCUCGUGCAGGAAUCUUUUAGACAGAGACACCUUCUCCAAAUCGGACCCAUUGUGUGUCCUCUAUACCCAGGGAGUGGAGACCAAGCAGUGGAGAGAGUUUGGCAGAACAGAGGUGAUCGACAACACCCUGAACCCAGACUUUGUCAGAAAGUACAUCCUGGACUACUUCUUUGAGGAGAAACAGAAUCUUCGCUUUGACUUAUACGAUGUUGAUUCCAAAAGUCCUGACCUGUCCAAACAUAUAUUUAGAUUAGAGUUGUAUGACUUCCUGGGACAGAUGUUCUGCACCCUGGGGGAGAUCGUGGGCUCGCCCGCCAGUCGUCUCGAGAAGCCACUGGGGGGGAUCACAGGGAGGAAAUGUGGGCUGAUCGUCCUUUCUGCAGAGGAGCUGAGCAACUGCAGAGACAGUGCCACCAUGCAGUUCUGUGCCAACAAGCUGGACAAGAAGGACUUCUUCGGGAAAUCUGAUCCCUUCAUGGUGUUUUUCCGGAGCAAUGAAGACGGAACGUUCACCAUCUGCCACAAGACCGAGGUGGUGAAGAACACGCUGAACCCGGUCUGGCAGUCCUUCACCAUCCCUGUCCGAGCACUCUGUAACGGAGACUAUGACAGGACCAUCAAGGUGGAGGUGUAUGACUGGGACAGAGACGGCAGCCACGACUUCAUCGGGGAGUUCACCACCAGCUACCGGGAGCUGGCGCGGGGCCAGAGCCAGUUCAACGUGUAUGAGGUGAUGAAUCCUAAAAAGAAAAUUAAGAAAAAGAAGUAUGUCAAUUCUGGAACAGUGACACUCCUGUCGUUCUCAGUGGAGUCUGAGUCCACCUUCCUGGACUACAUCAAAGGAGGGACCCAGAUCAAUUUCACUGUGGCCAUCGAUUUCACUGCCUCCAAUGGUAACCCGUCCCAGUCCACCUCCCUGCACUACAUGAACCCGUACCAGAUGAACGCGUACGCCAUGGCUCUGAAGGCCGUGGGCGAGAUCAUCCAGGACUACGACAGCGACAAGAUGUUCCCCGCCCUGGGGUUCGGCGCCAAGCUGCCCCCCGACGGCCGAGUGUCCCACGAGUUCCCCCUGAACGGCAACAUGGAAAACCCAUACUGUAACGGGAUAGAGGGCAUUUUGGAGGCGUACCAUCAGAGCCUAAAGAAGGUCCAGCUCUACGGGCCGACCAACUUUGCACCUGUUGUUAACCACGUGGCCAGGUACGCCGCAGCGGUGCAGGACGGCUCCCAGUACUUCGUCCUCCUCAUCAUCACAGACGGCGUGAUCUCCGACAUGGCACAGACCAAGGAGGCCAUCGUCAACGCUGCUAAUCUCCCCAUGUCCAUCAUCAUCGUGGGCGUCGGACAGGCCGAGUUCGACGCCAUGGUGGAGUUGGACGGUGAUGACAUCAGGAUCUCUUCACGGGGAAAACUUGCAGAACGAGACAUUGUGCAGUUUGUGCCGUUUCGGGAUUAUAUGGACCGGACGGGGAAUCACGUCCUCAGCAUGGCCCGGCUGGCCAAGGACGUCUUGGCGGAGAUCCCGGACCAGUUCAUCUCCUACAUGAAGUCCCGGGGAAUCAAGCCCAACCCAUCGCCCCCGCCCUACACCCCCCCAGGACACCCCCAGCACACCCAGAUCUGAGCACGCUGCCUGGGACGGAUCGUGGUGGUGGGGGGGAGCUCCUCUGAACUCUGGGAAACCCCGUGGAAUGAUGGGACAUCCGUAUCCGUGACAACCGGCCCACGGAACUCUGCGAUGGAGUUGAAUGCAGUUUGGCGGUGUUUUUUUUGUCUCGGUUGGGGACGGUUGACGGGUUGGAAAGGUUGGAACUUGAGAGACUACUUUACUCAGAAACGAUCAACAUUUUUGAGACGGGGGGCGUCCUCCGUCUUGUGAGAGCGUUGAGAGAGACAAGGAGGAGGAAGGAGGAGAGGGGUGUUUGUGGUCUAACCUGUGCCUGUGUGUCCCUGUGCCCCUGUGGGGGAGAGUCUGCUCUUAACUACUGCUCACCUCGCUGUGCUAGAGCGUGCGUGUGUCCGUGGCGUCCGUAGAUUCCUUCCUCAAUGGCGUCUUUUGGAUUUACAAGGUGUCCAUGUUAAUGAAUUGUAGAGUUUUAACUAUUUAUUGUUGGGGAGAAGAUGUGGAAUCCUCUUAAGUAUUUUCUCAUCGUAGUUGUUUCAUCCGGUUUUUUUUUUUUUAUUGGUUAUUUUUCAGAGCAGUGAUCCGCACCUGACAUUUCGUAUUGCUUUUCAAAACUUGAUGUUAUGAGACAGAGCUUAUAGACGUUUCCCUGACAGCCACAGCCACACAUUGCACGCUCCCGGUGAGAAAAUGUUUGUGGAUGAGAUAACGUGUGAAAGCACGUCAUUUUGAUCCACUACGUCUGCCUUUUCAAGGGCAGAUCAAAGGCACGCACCAGUGCUGAUGAAUAGAAAGCACAAAUGCUCUGUAGAUUAUGUUUCUACGUCCAUCUGUCAAACUUAUUCGCCAACAACAAAAGCAGGAACAAUAAUAAUCGGAAAUAAGGAAUCAUUUUAGCAAGUAAAGUGCCAGACAAUGAUUUAUUUAUUUACUUGAUAAAUUAGUAAAUAAUUUAACACUUUGUAUAUUUACUUUGGUCUGAUUUAUGCCGAUCGAAAGUAUAUAUAUUGAAAUUGAAUUCAGAAUGAGCAGCCAGAGUUGAUCUGAGGGUGCUUGUGUUGUGGUGUCAGUCACUGUUCACUUGAUUGACAGCCCUGAGCCCCUGAGCGCUGAACAACGGGCGGAGUUAUUUAUGAGUCAGAACAUGGCCCCUCCCCCUCCCUUUCUCCUGCUUGACCCAAGACAGCGAGUGUGCGCAUUGAUUGAUGACUUGUGUUCGGGAAUCGAUUAAGGGUCCUGGCGUGUUUGAUUGCGGUUAGGGGUGUGAACGCUUAAACGUUUAAGCGGUUAACCGAAAUUGAGUUGUACACGUUUACAAAAAAUUGCUAACCGAUAACCGUUCCUUUUUUUUUUUUCCUGAAGCUGAAAUGGUAAGCUCAGUUUAAAAUAAAUGCACGUUCACCACCAGUGACAAAACACACAAAUUGGUCAGACAAUAGAAUUAAAGAUUCUGGCUACUUAAUAACUUCCUGUCAGGCUGUUUACAUUCUAAACUAGCAUUUGACAAGCUAGUUCUAGCGAGCAAUCUUUGGCUAUUUCAAAGGGUUAAGAAUGCAAACACCGCAGGGAAUUGAAUGCUGCAGUAUUAUAGUUAUCAAAGAAUUUAUGCGUUUAAAUCUGUUUUACUUCACUUAUGGGUGUAUUGUAUUGCGUUUCUUAAGGAUCACAGAGGACUCAGUGUUUAUUCGUUGACACACAAAUUCCAACUAUCGUCAAGCUGAACGUAGCUUUCCACUAUGCCGUAUAAAUAUAUAAAAACAAAUAAAGCAAUACAUCAUUGGACAAAUGUUGCACCCAGCUUUAUUAAGUAGGCCAGUUGAAAAAUAAAGGCUAUAUAUAUGUGUAACCACUGUUCAUAAUUCUAUUAAAUGUAACAAUUUUCCAAC